CGGCGCUCAGAAGUUGCUGCGCUGCCGCAAAGAUGAAAACAUUUUAGAUGAAGAAUGUUACAGGAUUCACCUGAGAAGAAACGCGACGUUACAGUGUGAUAUUAAUCUCUAGUAUUCUCACAACUUUAAAAAGAGGAAAACUCGAGGGAAAGUAUCUCUGUAUGGGGUAUCAGGCCACGUGAAUGUAACACACCAUGGAUUCAAAGCCCAGGAUGGAUAUAUUUAUCUGGGAAUGACUGUUAUUUCUAAUAUAAGAGUUGUCAACGCCCUUGUUGUGAAUGGCAAAAGUCAUGGCUUACUGGUUCCAGCCCAUUUGGAGAAUCUGUUUGUUGGUUCCACUGAUUCUUGAUCACAUUGCUCGUGCUCAAGAUUUGAAAGCCACCAGAUGGCCUCUGUACCCUCACAAGCCUUUGGUUCUCAUCUGGAACGCCCCAACAGAAGACUGCAGAACUCGCCACAAAGUCCAUUUUGAGCUCGAUCAGUUUCAGAUUGUCGCCUCACCCAAUGAGGCUUUUAACAAACAGAACCUCACGAUAUUCUACAAAGACCGCCUGGGUCGGUACCCAUACUUUGAGCGGGAUGGUACGGCCAUCAAUGGUGGACUUCCACAAGCUGCCAGCAUCACACUACACCAGGAGAAGACUCCAGAGGGGAUUGAGAAAUACAUUCGUGACCCGUCCACACGUGGUUUAGCGGUCAUAGACUGGGAAGAAUGGCAUCCACUAUGGAUACGGAACUCGGACACCAAAGAUGUUUACAGGAGGCUGUCGAGACGUUUGAUGGCCCAGAAAAACCCAACCUGGACUCCUGUACAGGUAAACAAAGUAUCCCAACAGGAAUUUGAGACCUCUAGCCGCAAAUUCAUGCUGGAGACAUUGCGUCUGGCCAAAAGCUUGCGUCCCAACCAGCUUUGGGGUUUCUACCUCUUUCCUGAGUGCUAUAACCAUGAUUACCGCAACAGUUUGGAAAACUACACGGGCCGUUGCCCGGAUGUCGAGGUAGCCAGGAACGACCAGCUUAAAUGGCUAUGGACCGAAAGCACGGCCCUUUUUCCUUCAAUAUACAUGGGCUCCGUGUUGCGCUCGACAUCUUUCGGUCGCCAGUUUGUCCGAAACAGGGUGAAAGAGGGAAUGAGAUUGGCAUCGCUUGGAGAUGGACUGGCACGCCCUGUUUUUGUCUAUACCCGCCCUACUUAUGAUAAUGAGCUGGAAUUGCUGACUGAGACUGAUUUGGUGUCCAGCAUUGGAGAAAGUGUGGCCCUGGGGGCAGCUGGUAUUAUACUCCAGGGUGAUGCCAGUUAUGCCAGUAGCAAUGUGAGCUGUGUCAGUCUGAACCAGUACUUGCGGGGUCCUCUGGGACGGUACCUCCUCAACGUUUCCAUGGCAGCCGAGCAGUGCAGUAAUUUCCUGUGUGGUUCCCACGGCCGAUGUCUGCGCAGACACCCGAACACGGACACGUAUCUCCACCUUGACCCGCAGACGCACACCAUAGUGGGUCAGGGGAGCGGACUGCACGUGAAAGGAGAUCUGAGCGCAGAAGAACAGAAACGACUGAGCGAGGACUUUCAGUGCCAGUGUUUUAGCGGGUAUCAGAGCGAGAGAUGCGAUCUUGAAGACCCCCUUCACCAGAGAGGAGCGGCACAUGCACUUAAAGCAUUGUGGGUUUAUAUUCUCACCACAUUGCUGCUUAAUUUAUUGUUUUGAGUGGUUGAGAUUAAUUCAUUUAUAUUGAAAGGAAUAGUUCAAAAUUAACAUUCCUCAUCAUUUACUCACCCUCAUGUCGUCCCAAACCUGAUUCUUCUGUGGAACACAAAAUGAGAAAUUUUAUCUGGAAUGUAGGCAUAUUUUAAUCAAGGGCUAUCAUAACUUAAAAAGGACAAAAAAGCGAAAUAAUAGUAUAUCAAAAGAUGUCCAUAUUGAACGCUAAAUUCCAAGCCUUCUGAAGCCAUAUGAAUGCUUUGUUAAAAAUAAAAGAAUUUAAUUAUUAAAUUUAAUUCUAAUCAUUUUUAAUGAUCAUUUAUACAUUUAUUUUUAUUAUAUGGUAAAUGGUGUGCACUUACAAAGCACCUUUUUAACCUUAGCGGUAUUCAAAGCGCUUUACACUGUGACUCAUUCACCCAUUCACACACACAUUCAUACACCAAUGACUCAGAGCUGCCAUACAAGGCACUAGCCUGACAUUGGGAGCAACUUGGGGUUCAGUGUCUUGCCCAAGGACACUUCGGCAUGUGGAGUCAUGUGGGCCGGGAAUCAAACCACCAACCCUGUGAUUAGUGGCCGACCCGCUCUACCACCUGAGCCACAAUUUUUUGUAUGUGUUUUUCUGAUGUGACACGUAUUAACGUAAAACUGACAUCAGUGUUUCAUAACGUGAUAUACCAAGUUUAAAUAAGUCACAAUAUACAUUUAUUUUAUUAUAAAAACAGCAACAUGAACAUUCUUCAAAAACAUUUCCUUUUGAGUUCCAUAAAGGAAGAAAGUCAUACAGUUUUGGACUUGAGGGUGAGUAAAUGAUAACAGAAUGACAUUUUUUGGGUGAACUGUCCCUUUAAUGGACACACAAACACAUGCACACAUUCAAAUGGACACUGCCGCAGACACUUAAUCAUUUGUCUGAUAGAAAUGGAUGAUUAACUGAUAGUUGAUAUUGACAGUUAUGUGACAGUACUCAUACUUAUAUGUGAGCCGCACUUCAACACUGAGAGCACCAUUUGCUGUUAUGUUUUCACAUGUUGACACUUUUGUCUUUAUUGUAAUACACACAGUUUUUUGGAUUUGUUUUCCUGUAUGUUUUGAUUAGAAAAUGGAACCAUGCUUUUUUGAUGUUUUGAUUUUUGAAGCGCAACCUGAGACUCUUGUGUUACUGCUGUGUGCAUUUUCCAUUUCCGUUUUUGAUUUGUAACUAGUAGCAACAAAUAAACAAGCAAAAAAAAAAAACUAGAGCAAAUAGUUUUCCUAAAAAUUGAUGUCCACAUAUGAGGACAGAUGGACUAAAACCAGGCUAUAGAAAGCCAUAUUUUUUUCAUCAAAUAGUUUAUGAUGUGUCCAGGAGUGUUGGUUAUUCUUGUUUUUAAAUGUAUGCAUUUGGCAGAUGCUUUUAUCCAAAGUGACUUACAGUGCACUUAUUACAGGGACAAUCCCCCCGGAGCAACCUGGAGUUAAGUGCCUUGCUCAAGGAGGAAAUGUUGGCAGCCAUGGGGCUCGAACCAGCAACCUUCUGAUUAACAGAUAUGUGCUUUAGCCCACUACACCACCGCCACUCCAGG